AUGUCACGCACCUAUCACAACGUGGACGACGAAACGUUCCAGGGGUUGCGGCUCGAGUCGCUCAAGCUGGUAGACAACAAAAUACAGGACAUUUCGGAAAAGAGCUUCAACUUCAUGCAGCAUUCGCUGGUGUCACUGGAUCUGUCCGACAAUCAGUUACAGGGACUACCGCUGGAUUCACUAAAAAAUGUCCACACGUUAAGCCGAUUAGUAGCUCAGCGAAACAAUAUCCACCAUCUCGAUGGGAACUGGGGCGGGCUGGCGGACUCGCUGCGCAGCCUGCACAUUUCGGGCAACUCCAUCUCCGAGGUAUCGUUCUACACACACGACGAGAAGCGUCAGAACCAUACGGCACCGAACUCGCAGGCAUCGAUUAUCAACGCGAAGCAGUUCUCGCAAUACCCGCCCGGUACGGCAGGGAUGGGGCAGCAGCAGCAGCAGCAGCAGCAACAACCCGGUGCCACGGCGCUCAACGGGCUGCAGCAACAGGGCAUCAAACCGUUCGCCAAGCUGAAAAAGCUCGUCUGGCUCGAUAUCAGCUCGAACCGUAUCGCGCACAUCAGCCCGAACACGUUCCCCAAGUCGCUGGUAACGAUCGAUCUUUCCAAGAACAUUCUUUCCCAAUUCCCGACCGCCUUCCUCGAGCAUCUGCACGAUCUGCGCGUGCUGUCGCUGAAGGAUAAUCUGAUAGCGAAGCUGGACGGUAGCCCCGACCCGCCCGGCCCCACCCGGAUACGGCUCGAGAAGCUCGACCUUAGCCUGAACCUGGUGGAGGAACUGCCACCCCUGCUGUUCAACGGCAGCGUGCGUAUAAAGGCAAUUAAUUUUGAUAAAAAUUUCAUCCGCCACCUCGAGGCCGACACAUUCCAGGGGCUGAACAUCGUGCACAUGGUGCUGGCAUUUAACUUCAUCGAGUCGAUUGACGAUGGUGCGUUCGGUUCGCUGGAAAACAGCUUGGAGUAUUUGGAUCUGGAGCGCAAUCGGUUGACGGUGGUGCCGGCCGCCAUUGGGCGAUUGAAUCGGUUGCGCUAUCUUUACUUAACGUCGAACGAGCUGACGCACAUUCCCGAUCAGCCCGAGGCACUGCUGCCCACUACGCUGAAGGUGCUGUCGUUGAGCGGGAAUAACUUUACCGCCAUUCCGGUGGACGCUCUUUCGAACUGUACCGAGCUGUCGUACCUUAACAUGGGCUACAACAAGAUCGCAGACAUCGAGGAGAAUGCAUUUGCUGGAUGGGGCUCGAACUUGCAGACGCUGCUGCUGCGCAACAACAAGAUCACGAGCCUCAACUAUGGUGCGUUCAAUGGGCUGGAUACGAUCAAAGAGAUCAGUCUCAGCUUUAACGACAUCCACUACGUCCAUCCGAAUGUGUUUGAUAAUGUUUCCUCGACGCUUAAGAUUCUGGAGCUUUCGUUCGGUAUUUACCGUGAGGAGUAUCCGGGCGAAGCGUUGGCCGUGCUGACUGAACUAAUGUGGCUCGGGUUGGACAAUAACAAUCUGAAGACGCUGCCGGACGGUGCACUCUCAACGUUGGGACAGCUAACGUACGUCAAUUUGGCGUUCAAUCGAAUCGUUGCCAUACCGCGAUGGCUCUUCCGGUCGGACAUUCAUCGAAACUUGGUGGAGAUUGAUCUUUCGUUCAACCAGCUCGAAGACUUGCCGAGCGCAACCUUCGACAGUUUGGAGCUAAUACAGAUUAUCAAUCUAUCGUCGAACAAACUGCGCACGAUGCAGAAGAACGCACUGCACGAUCUGCCGUACCUGACGUACGUGGAUCUGUCCUACAAUGCGCUGCAAAAUAUAAGCGAAGGAGCGUUUAGCUAUCUACCCAGCCUGCUGAGCGUGGACCUGAUGCAUAACGAGCUGGCCACACUGUCGCUGAAAGUGUUUCGCCAAGUGUCGAACGCAACCACUCCGAUGCGGCUGAACAUUAGCAGUAACGCGAUCGAGUUUCUGGAUGGAGACGUUAACUCACUGCUUUAUGUGUACUCGCUGGAUGCCAGCCACAACCAGCUGCAGGACACGACCGUGUUUCGUGCGUUGGCUUUUUCGCUCCGGAUACUCUACCUGAACUGGAACAACUUCACCACGCUCGGCAACCAUGCGUUCGGGGACCUGCAGAUACUGGAAAUACUGAACCUGGCGCACAACAACAUCAGCUCACUGCGGCGGCGCAGCUUUGCCGGGCUGAUGAACCUGCAGGAGUUCGAUCUGAGUCACAAUCGCAUCGAAAGCUUGCAGAUUGAGCAGUUUUCACCGCUGAAAAAGUUGCGCCUGCUGCGCCUCAACAACAAUCGAUUGCGUACGAUACCGCGCGAUACGUUCCUGAAUACGCGCAUCGAGUUUUUGGACCUCUCGAACAAUCAGUUUGUGGCGUGGCAGGCAACGGCAUUCGCGGACAUUGGGUUCACGCUGCGUUCAAUACAGUUCGACAACAAUUUGCUGGAGUUCCUAGAUCCGUACAUGUUUACCAGCACACAGUUCUUGUUGGAGCUAAAUCUGGCUGGAAAUUUGAUAAAGCUCAUCCCCGAUAAUGCGUUUGCAAAUCUGAACAAUUUGACAGUGCUGGAUCUGAGCUACAACCAGCUAAUGCCCGUGAACUUCCGCGAGCUGUUCGUGAAUGUGCCGCGCCUGCGGGUGUUGAGCAUCCGGUCGACGGGGAUCUAUCGACUGCCGACUCUGGCGCUGCCCCAGCUCGCCUCGCUGGACGUUAGCAACAACAACCUGCAGGAGAUUGACUCUCAGGAGGAGCUGUUUUUCCUUCGCGAGCUGCACAUACAGGAGAACAAAGUCAACAACAUCUCGAACCUGCUGCGCAAUCUACCCCCUGCCCUGCGCGUGCUAGACAUCUCGCGUAAUCCGAUCCGCAAGAUCUCGUUUCACGAUUUUGCACUUUCUCGCCGGCUCGAGGAGCUGUUCAUCGAGGACAUAAAAAUCGUGAACCCGGACAUCUUCAUCAAGCUGCACAAUCUGAAAAAGUUGCGCAUCAGCGCACAGCACAACUUCAGUGAGCUGGUGUCGAAGUUGCGCGGUCUGCAGGAGCUGUACGUCACCAUCUACGACGAACAUCUGGGCGAUGGGCUGUUUACGUCGCGCAUGCACGCCAACACGAAGCUAAACGUGGUGGAAAUUACGGGCCGCAGGUUGGUGUCCAUCUCGAGCAAUGCCUUCCAGGGGUUGGCCCGGAAUCACGAUCUGAAGCUGCGGAUACGCAACACCAUGGUGAACGAUUUGCCGCCGGGCGUGUUCUACGCGCUGAAGUACAUCCCCCGGCUGAGCAUCGAUCUGUCGGACAAUCUGCUGGCGGCGCUCGCACCGGACAGCUUCUACCCGAACGCCAGCUCGUGGGAUGCGGUGGGGACGCGCAGCGUCAUCGGCGGGCUGGACGUGUCGAACAAUCCGCUGCAGUGCGAGUGCGGGUUGGUGUGGCUGGGGCACUGGUUGCGGCGCUGGUUGCGCGAGACGGCGCAAGUCAACUUGAUUCCUAAGGACGAAAUGAAGCAGAUGAUUCGUCGAGCUAAAAGGAGUACCUGCACGGAUCCGCUCACCGGGAAGCGCCUGCCGUUCCUGGAGAUCUUCCCCGAGGAUCUGCUGUGCCACGCCAGUGCCCUGAGUAGUUUAGCGUUGAAGUUGCGCUUUCGGUUUAUGUUGCUGUGUCUCAACAUGCUGCUAGUGGUGUUGCACAAAUCACGAACGUUGGUACUGUAAUUUCGGUUCGGCUGACAGUAUCAAAAAGCGCUUCAUCCCCCAUCC